GUAUGUAGAAUGCGGCCAUGCCAGCAGGUCGUGUCCAAGUCCGAGUAUACCAGCGUCUCUACAGUUGCCGGAACGGUGAACGACUUGGUUACAUAAGCAGCCUGUUUGAGGGACGGCGCCAAACAACGCGCAAACAACGCGACUUGUUCUUUUGCUGCAUCACCGACCUCAAAGAAAAGUGGCGACCGUCUCUUGCCUCCGCCCGCCAUGGACCACGCGAAAUCAUUUUCAGAGGAUGUCUACGACAUACAGCGGGAGCUUACUUUUAUUUCCCCUUCAUCUCACCCGCUUAUGGGCUCAAUUGUCCAUGAGAACAAUGACUGGACGGUCGGACAUUUUCAGUCGUCGUCCUUGCAUGGAAUUUCGCCUUACGAUGGCAACAGAAGUCGUCCCAUACGCUCGUAUACCUCACUAC